CACUUUACCAACUAAUUCCGAACCAUCCAAGCAUUGAAUGCAGUCAGACAAACAGACACAGUCUGAUAUGGAGGCCAAACGAGAAGACACCGAGACAGCUGUCAGCGCAGUCUCUCUCGAGACCAGUCUGGUUGAAGACAAAUCAACCAACAACGACGAUAUCGUCGAUUGGGAUGGCCCUGAGGAUCAGCAAAAUCCACACAACUGGUCCAGUGGCAAGCGAUGGGCCCAUGUCAUCGUGGUCGCCUUAAUUUCUUUGGUCAUGUAGGGCGCUAUCUUCCCGCGCCCGGGCAGAAUGAACCCUCAUCCAUCCAUCCAUCCAUCCAUUCACUAAUCAUUUACCAUCUUAGGAACAUGGGUCCAACCAUGUGUGCCCCCGGUAUCAACGAAGUCCUCGACACCUUUGAUAGUCACUCGUCCACGGUGGCUACUCUGGCCGUCACCCUCUACGUUCUGGGCUUGGCCAUGGGUCCGAUGUUCAUGUCUUCGCUCAGCGAGGUGUUUGGCCGGUUACCCGUGUAUCAUGUUGCCAAUCUCUUUUUCGUGGCGUUCGUGAUCGGAAACGCCUUGAGUCAAAAUCUCGCCACUUUUAUGAUUUGUCGCUUCAUCUCCGGCUGUGCAGGAGGCACCCCAAUGGCUCUGGGGGGUGGGACAAUUGCCGAUGUCACGGUGAUUCAGCAACGUGCCCUUGCCAUGUCAUUGUACAGUUUGGGCCCUAUGGCUGGGCCGGUACUUGGUCCCCUCAUCGGUGGCUUUGCCGCAGCCGGUCUCGGGUGGCGUUGGACCUUUUGGCUCCUCGCGAUCUUCGGGGCCGCAGUUGGGAUUGCAGCCUUGGUGGUGAUGCGAGAGACACAUCCCAAAGUCCUGUUAGAGCGUAAGGCAGCCCGUCUUCGUGUGGCGACUGGGAACUCGCAUCUACGAUCCAAGAUGGCAGACAACCGACCGCCGCAGCAAGUCCUGCUGCAAGCCCUCGUAAGGCCCACUAAGCUUUUAUUCCGGUCCCCCAUCUUGUUAGUGAUUUCAAUCUACAUGGCCCUCAUCUUCGGACUCAUGUAUCUUCUGUUUACCACGUUCACGGACGUGUUUGAGAAGCAAUACGGAUUCACUACCGCGACCUCCGGGCUGGUCUAUCUGGGCCUGGGCGUGUCGUUGGUCGGUUGCAUGUUUAUUGCCAAGCCCCUGGGAGAUCGGGUGACAGCCGCGCGCAUGAAGAAGGACGGCGUCACACAGCAUCGACCUGAGUAUCGUCUGCUGCUGAUGAUCUACUUCUGCCCCUGCGUUGCGAUCGGUCUCUUCAUCUAUGGCUGGACGGCUUACUACAAGGUGCACUGGAUAGUGCCCAUCAUCGGUACUACGGUGAUAGGGGUUGGCUCAUUCUUUGUCAUGAUGCCUGCCCAGCUCUACCUGAUCGACCUCUUCGGAUCAGCAGCCUCAGCCUCAGCCUUGGCGGCCAACAACGUUUUACGGUUCAUCUGCAGUACUUUUUUGCCGUUGGCCGGGCCGGCGAUGUACCAGACGCUGGGGUAUGGGUGGGGCAAUACUCUGCUGGGGUUUCUGGCGCUGGCCUUCCUCCCUGCGCCCGUGCUGUUUUACAGAUACGGCGCGUGGCUUCACGCGAAGACGGCUGCAAACUUCUGAUGUUCCCUGAUCUGCUCUUAGUAUACCAUAUGUAUACCAUAAUGCUAUUGAGUAGUUUGAUUCUCGAA